UUGGGUGUUACUGCGUGUGACGUUAUUGUCAGCUGGUCAAUGUUUACAUCCAUAAUAGUGGUGAAAUCUAUUGAAUGUGUAUGGGGGGAAACGAGAAGGUAACAACAUAUACGAUUUCACCAUAAUUUUGAGAAGUACAGUUGACACUAUAAAGCAGCGUCGAUUAAACGUCACUUCCAUAAGGUAAAGACAGCUGCUUCGUAUUUCUGUUAGCUCCAACCAGACCAUAAUUUUUCUUCUCUGCAUAGCAGCUCUUCAUAGACGACAUCAACAGAGACAAAGACCGUGAAGAUGGGAGGAGCAGUGAGUGCUGGGGAGGACAAUGACGAGUUGAUUGACAACCUGAAGCAGGCCCAGUACAUCCGUUCGGACCUAGUGGAGCAGGCCUUCAGGGCAAUCGACCGGGCCGACUACUAUCUGGAAGAGUUCCGGGACAGCGCCUACAAGGACCUGGCCUGGAGGCACGGCAACAUCCACCUCUCAGCCCCCUGCAUCUACUCAGAGGUGAUGGAGGCCCUGGACCUCCAGCCUGGCCUGUCCUUCCUCAACCUGGGCAGUGGCACGGGCUACCUCAGCACCAUGGUGGGACUCAUACUGGGUCCAUUUGGAGUGAACCAUGGUGUGGAGCUGCACCAAGAUGUCAUUGAGUAUGCAUACCAGAAACUGGAGUUCUUCAUCAAGACCAGCGACAGCUUCGACAGGUUUGAGUUCUGCGAGCCCUGUUUCGUGAUAGGGAACUGUCUGGAGAUAGCCCCAGAGAGUGGUCAGUAUGACCGGGUGUAUUGUGGAGCUGGGGUGCAGCGGGAGCAUGAAGACUACAUGAAGAACCUGCUCAAAGUAGGAGGAAUCCUAGUGCUGCCAUUGGAGGAGAAGUUGACCAAGAUUACUCGAACAGGCUACAACAGCUGGGAGACCAAAAAGAUCAUUGCUGUGUCAUUUGCCCCACUGGUGUUGCCCAAACACAGAGACAACAGUAAAUCGAAAGCAGUGCCUUUACCGACCAUGUUUGAGGUGCGGACUCUGCAGGACUUGGCUCGCAUUUCUAUCCGCCUGACGUUGAAGAAGACAGUGGCGGGGCCAGGGCCGUUGCCCAGGAGGAGGCUGGCCCACAGCGGGGAGCGGUUCCGACGGAGGCGGGCCCAACACCGUGGCUCCACCCUACUCUCCAACCGCUACGUAUUCAUGAGCCGCCUCAUCCCCGGGCCGAUGGACAACAACAACAACCGCUCUGGAACCGACACCGAAGAAGAGCAGGAGGACGAGGAAGUGGAAGAGGGGAACUGCAGGGUUCUAGGAGAUCCUGAGGAAGAGGAGGAGAGGAGGGAGGGCGGUGCCCUUCUACAUGAGGCUCCAGUGAACCUGCUAAGAGAGAGGAUCUUGGGUCUGCCGCUCCCUGAGCCUCUGAAGAUGUACCUGCUUCACUACAGAGAGAAGUAGGGAGGGACAGGAGACGUGAAGCUGUGCGCCCAUUCUUUAACUUGUUCCCAUCCCUAUGUCCUUAUUGACUCCCCUUUCUGGAUUCAGAAGUAAUGGAUGUGUAAGAAAUAGGCUGAUAACUCCAGUGGAAUGGCUAAAAUGAGUUCCUACUAUUUUUUAUACAGCCUAUCUAAUAAGUUGCAAGUCAACAACUGGUGAAUUUGAAAUCAACCCCUAAAAACUUCAUGUUGAAGUGAAUAUCUAGAAUAAUUGGAUAAGUAGAAGCAAUAUGGUAAUGGAACCAUCUCCCCCUCCCCUGACAGCCCAGGUAAGCCUAUCCAGAGGUGCCUAGGAGGUAACAGUUGAGUUGGAAAAACAAGGAUGGCGAGUUAGGGAUUGGGAGCUUACUUAGUCAGCCCCAGGGACGUCACCACCACCAGCCUCAUAGGACUAUCCCAACAACUCCUCUGAACACUCAAUUCUCAUAAUCUCACUCAAUUCCCUACCUGUGAACUCCAUCUACCCAUCUUUUGGGGUAUCUUCGGUCUUGUGCCUAACCGGGGCACCCAGUCUCCAAGUCCUUCUUUAUUCCCUUUGAAUUUUGUAAUUGUGAUUGUUUGGAAAAUUAUACUUUUGACUGACCGAACAAUUCAGUGGAGCUUUUGAGAUGGACUUACAAGUACUAAAAGCCCCAAAUGUUGUGAAAAUAUUUUCUCAUUCUGUGUUCAUAUCUUACUGCAUUGAAUAUACUUGGUGAAAGCAGGGGAUUUGUUGAAGAGGCCAUUUCUGUUCGGGCUCCAGGCAUUAAAGUAUAGUAACACAUUUUUGCAUACAGUAGGUAUAGAAAUGAAAGGACCACAUUGUCAAACAAUAUUACCCAAAUUCACUCGUUUUGUGAAUUCUUUCAUCACAUCUUUUCAAAUAAUGGGAGACUGUAGAACACCCUUGGAUUAGGGGUAAAAAGUGAAUGAGUGUGGAAUAGCAAUUUACCAUUGGGUUCUUAAUGCAGAACUGUAGUCAAAGUAGUGAAGAAUGUAUGUAUCCACCUGUGAAGGAAUUUAAGUACUAAUUGGUCUACAUUGGAACUUCAGUGUAAUGCUCUUUGAUGGUGUUUAUCGGUUGUUUAUAAAAUGUUUUGUCUGAUGUUCUCAGUGCCAAACUUCUCCAGCACUGGCCGGCUCCAAAUGUUUGUAGUUCCGUUCUACAAUGUGUCAAGUUGUUCAGCGGAAGUAAAAAUUUGUAUUUAGAAUAAAUAUCUACGUGUGACAAGAUGUUUGGAAAAGAAUUGUAGCGUGACUAUCAUUAAAAUAAAUUAAACUAUACUGCAA